AAUAACCAUACCUAAAUUCAAUAAUAAUCAACGCAAUUACGCAGGCUUUCAAUGUGGAUAAACCCAAAGUAGUAAAUGUCGCUAAUCAAAACUUUCUGUUUGUGAUUAUUUUCUAAAAGUUAGUACGCAUUCCAUCAGAAUUCGGUUCCGCUGAACCAAGCCAGAAUUUUGGGAAAAAAUAAACUUCCAACUUUCUCAAUAAAUAGCACUCCAUUCGAACGGACAACAAUUUCUGUUUAGUUGUAACUCAUCGAGUGUGCAAGUAGUAGCCCAUAGACGAAAUAUUUCGUGUGUUUUUAUUACCAAUUGCAUCCAUUUUUUUCCGGCUCGUUCACACUGUUUCGUUUGAAUUGGUAAGCGGCAUCAGCAGCAGAAGCAGUACCAACAAGUAGUAGUAUGAAUCGAAAUUGGUGUAUCAUCAACGUGGUUGGUGUUGCAAUCGCGAUUAUCUUGAUAUCGAAUUGUGUGGUGGUUUGCCAUGAGAAAAGUGCAAAUGUUAAUCGGGUAAGGCGGUUGACGGACAACGGCCCGUUGAUGCAAUUGCAGCAACAACAACAACAGCACCAUCAGCAGCAACAAAUAAAUACAGAUCAAAGACAUGUGAACACAUUCAAAGAUCGUUUAAGAAACAGUGACAAGAUCGUUUUCGACCGUGGUGAUGUAUACGAAGCGAUAAAAAACGAUCGAACCACUACCGUCGCAUCAUCAUCAAUGACAAUUAGCAAUAAUUUGCCCAAAACCAAUGAAACAAAUCAUCAAUAUUCAGGCAAAGCAAACGGUGAAUAUGAAUUCAGUUUGUUCAUUCGCAAUGGCAUACGACGCAUCGAGAGAGGCGAUUUCGAGAAUUUCAAUGGAGAAACAGUGUUCGUGGUUCGUGGAUUUUUCGAACACAUCACAAAGGAUGGAGUCGUGAAAAUUACCGCAUACGUCUUCGAUCACAUGGGAUAUCAUGAGAUACCAGUAACAUUCGACAAUGAAGGUAUUAUCGAUUUGUAUGGACCCGAGCAGACGGAUUGUGAUUUCUCAAAAGGUGUCUACUGCAUCGAUCGCACACUUUUAAGUUUGAUGGUUGGUUAGAACAAAAACAAAAACCACUCAACACCAGCAACUCAUCCAUCACGUAUUGAUUGUGAAAAAUACAUUGAAAACUAUAUCAUAAUUCACCGAUUGCAUAUAAUAAAAUAAAAAUUACAUUGUAUUGCGAAAAAAAAACAAGUAAAAU